UCCAAACAUCUGAUAAACGUCACCUAUACCCGCACACACAAACAAUGGAAGACACGGAAGGCGAAGAAAUUAAAAAUCUCCAAAUCGAAUUUGAAUGGGUUAUGCGCGAUGAAGUUCACGCGAUACUUAAGAAGCUGCGCGAGAUUUUAGUGGAAUGCGCACGCCGAUUUCCGGUACCAUGCUUCCCCGAUAAUGAGGGCAAACGUACUGAAAAAUUUGUGUUAAUGGCAGCUCAGGAUCAGCUUAAGUGUUCCGUUACGCUUACUGGCGAUAGCAUUACUCAAGCUGAUAUUAGUUAUAAAUUAAAACGCGCGUCUAGUCAAGUGCAACGCACGUCUAUUACACCGGACGCGCCAUGGAAAUUGCAACAGGUACAAGAUGCUGCAAAUCAUCUACAACAGGCCAUCACUCACAUUGAUAACGUUGGUGACAAUUAUGCUUUCAAGUCUCGUGAGGAAGUGCUACAAAUCAUAGGAGAAUUAAUAGGUGCUCUGCAGCGAGGUCGCACCAGUCUGAUAAUACCAAAGAAGAAAGCAAUCGAUGAACUUAUGAAGGGGCGAAAUAUGAAAUCCCUCACACCUAAUCUACCAGAAGAUCAAGCAAUAUCUUUCUUUUUACAAUGCCACAAACUCAUAAUAGCUGUUUACCAACUGUUAAACGUACAGGGUACUAUGAAAAUGGAGGCCACACAGGCUGAAUGCUCAGUCGGUUGGCUCAAUGAGAUUCUCGUGUUGUUCACCGUUGGUCUAACUUUAUGCCAACAGCUCAAGGAUAAAAUCAAUGCAUUUAAAAUGGAGGCAUCGAGUUAGUAAAUUACAUACCAUCAUCAGUGUGUUUCUUUUAAAAGCUAUACCGCCUUCCAACAAUGACGCCAAUUAGGUAAGAGCACCUUCACAACAACGUUUCAUAACUCACUCUCUCAUGGGUAUCCAAUAGCGGUUUGUUAUCCUGCACUCUUCACGACAUUGGCGACGCAACUCUCUCAAUGAAUAUUAUUCAAGUAUGCAUGCAUGCCUUAGGUGUAUCGACCUAAAUACGUAUUGCAAUCAAAGCAAAUAUUGCAAUGAAUAGCAUAGAUGAGUAUGCAGUUUGAGUCUUUUAUGUAUGUGGUCACUCAAUCUUGGGUACUAUAUGUACAUAUGUGUGUACUUACUUAUAACAACCAGCGUGCAUUAUAGCGGAAAGAAUGACUUGAAAUCAAUGUGAAUUCUAAGCCGCUUCACACUUGCAUUUUAGUGCACUGAAAUUGAGUGAGCUAUAAAAUUGGAUUAUCU